AUGUCAUUAUCGCAAUCGAUGGUCACCCGUCCAGUGGUCGUGUUUCAAAAAGACGAGAAUGGUGGUCACGAUGAUGCUCCAUCAUCUUCACUACUUAAUCACCCCACAUCAACCGCAAAUACCUGGCUGGGCAAGAAAGCACGACAACAGCAAGUAAGUCAAUCAGUGUUUCUAUCAGAAAUUCAUUAUUAG